AUUAUGAAAUUCUUGCAUCCAAACAUGUUCAUCCAAUAUCAAAUUUCUAAUUCAGUAGGAUUGUAGCUCCAGCCGGUAAAACCCUAACUCUCCUAAGUCAUAAACCCUCCUAGCUUUCUCACCCUUGGCUGGACUGCUGAAGCCGAGGUCGAGCAAUGCCGUAGACUGAAGCAGAGCAGCGCCGCCCCCGCCCGCCAUGUCGAUCCGCGCCGCGCUCCACCUCCGCCGCUUGUUCUCCACGGACGCCGCCCUCACGCCGCCGAAGCUGCGGAACCUACCCUACCGCCUCCGCCACGCCGCCGUCCCGGCCGCGCGCGCCGCCGUCUCCGAGUACCUCCACUCCACGCGCUGCCUCCCGUCCUCCCACGCCGACUCCAUCGUCGCGCACUCCCCGCGCUCCCUCCUCUCCUUCCUCGCCGCGCUCCCUGCCGUGCCGGGCUCCCUCCCCACCGCGGAGCUCCCUUCCCUCCUCCGCCGCCACCUCAGCUUUCACCCGCUCAACGAGCUCCCCUUCUUCCUCGAAUCAAUCGGCGCGCCCGCCGCGGCGCCCCCCCGCUCCGACCUCAUGUUCCUCGCCGACCACCCCACUCUGCUCGACGCCGUCGCCGCGCUCGCGCACUUCGGAUUCCCAUGGUCACGCCUCGGUCUCCUCUUCCCCGCCGUCCUCCUCGACGUGCCCCCGGACCUUAUCUCAGCUCGCCUCACCGCUCUCGAGGCCCGCCUCCACCGGCUCCCGCGCGCCGCCAUCAUCGCUGCCUGCCUCACCUUCCCAUCGCUUCUUGAGCGCGAUCUAUCCGAUUGCGACCCACUCGUUAAGGAUCUCGGCGCCACGUUCAGAGGAUUGGGUCCGGAUUUGGGGGCAAGCAAUGACAUUGACGCGUUCUCGGGCGUGUGCCGGAGGAUGCGGAUGUUCUAUGAUGCCGGGGCAGAGAUUGGUAGCAUUGGGGGACUUGCCGGCAGCAGCUGGAGAGUGUUUCUUGAGCUCAGGGAAAAGAGGAUUGCUGAGAGGUUAUGGUUCUUCAAGGAUCUUGGGAUGCCCGGGAAGGAGCUGGGAAGGUUCUUGCUAAGCAAUGCCAAGCUUUUUGAUCAUGAUUUCUCUGAUGUAGUGAUCUCGGUGCCAGAGUAUCUGCUGAGGGUUGGUUUGGUGGAGGAUGAGGUUAAUGCGGCUAUAGAGAAACAUCCAUAUGUUGUUGGGAAGAACCAGCUGGAGAACCUCCCCAGGGUGCUGCGGGCAAUGAAGCUGGAGCAUCGGUUCCUGGAGAAGAUCUCGGUUGGUGGGGAGAACUUGCGUUAUUUAUCACCUUAUUUUGCUUUGGAGGUUGAUAGCUAUGAUGCAGAGGUUGAGAGGGCUUUCUUGGAUGGGAUGGCUAAGGUCAAGGCUGACAAGAAAGCACAGCAUGUGGACAGCAAGCUGGAGUUCUUGAAAAGCAUUGGGUAUGGUGAGAACGAGAUAGCCACCAAGGUGAUUCCUGUCCUUCACAGCACUAAGGAUUUCCUGCAGGAGCGGUUUGACUACCUUCUGGAAAGAGGGGUGGAGUAUACAAUGCUGUGUCGGAUCUUGACUGUUUUUCCAAAGGUGCUGAACCAGGGCAAGGAUAUGCUCAAUGAGAAGUUGAAUUAUCUCACAGAGGAGCUGGGCUACUCCAUAGAGUACCUUGAUUGCUUCCCUGCAUUUCUGUGCUUUGAUUUGGAGAACAGGGUCAAGCCUAGGUAUACAAUGCUUCGGUGGCUCCGAGAGCAUGGCCUACUUAGAAAACAAUUAGCCCCUGCAACAGUGCUUGCUAACUCGGAGAAGAGAUUCAUUACUACUCUCCACCUUGUGCAUCCUGCAGUUCCAAAGUUGUGGCUUGAGAGCUUCUCUUCAAGAAUGCAUAUGGAGUGUUAUCUCAAGAAUAUUUAUCAUCAGCAUUCAGACAACAAAUAGUUAGAUGUCUGGAAUCAUAUUGACAUGAUUGUUAGAGGUACAAAGUAUUUUUUUUUCAUGUGCAUCCUUUCCCUGUUAGACAUAGCAGCUUUACAUUUGGGAAAAUUCUUUGCUCCUGCAUAUAUAGCAGUAAGCUGCAGGAUGUAGGAUGAAAUGGGAUAUAUACCAACUAGAUAGCAGAACUUGAUUUUUGGUAAAACUGUGCUGUAAAUUUGAACUCUGUUCAGUCUUCCACUAGCGCUCCUGUGGCUAUACAGUAUGCACUGAUUGGAACAUGUAACAUGUUGUAUUCAUCUCAUCCCUGAUAACAGCUAACUGCCAUUUUUAUCUGGUAGCACUAAA